AUGUUGGCCAAGAGGGCAGAACCGAAGAAAACAAACCCGAACAAGAGCUACAAGGAAGUCUGCCUAGAACCAAAGCCAGAGUCAACCCAAACACGCAAUUACAAAGCAGUUAAACACGAAGGGCUAUUCACCAAAAAAGGGAUGACGCAGGAGCUACAGAAUGAACUACGAGGGGUGAGGGAAGAGCUUAAGGAAAAAAUGGAGGAGAUAAAACAGAUAAAGGAUAUAAUGGACAAAGAUUUUGAUAAACUUCACGAAUUUGUAGAAGUCAUGAAGGAAAUGCAGAAGGAUAUGGAUGAGAAGAUGGAUGUUUUAAUAAACAUACAGAAGAACAGCAAUCUUCCUCUCCAAAGACAGCCAGAGGAGCAGCAGGAACUUGGGCUGAUGGGAAAGACUGACACAGACUCCCAGCUCAGGCUCGAGAAAAUGGAUGAGCUCGAUGAAGCAUCAUUGACUAGUCAUAAGACAGCACCACAAAAAACAAAUGACCCACUGGAUUCCCUUCAUCCUUGUCAGAGCUGCUGCGAGAAAUGUUUGUUGUGUGCCCAAAAGACCAACUACAAUCAGGGCAAGAAACCUACACACCAGGCCUGGGCACCCUUUUCACCCUUGCCAUCUGGAGCUGCCUUCUGA